AUGGAUUCCCUGGUCGUCACUCCCGUCUCCCAGGCGCAAGCGAAGCAGCGAGCGGGACGUGCUGGGCGCACAGGCCCGGGUAAAUGUUUCCGUCUAUAUACCGAAGCUGCCUAUCAAUCUGAAAUGUUACCUACGACAAUUCCCGAUAUCCAGCGACAAAAUUUGUCACAUACUAUUCUUAUGCUCAAGGCAAUGGGCAUCAACGAUCUCCUUCAUUUUGAUUUCAUGGACCCGCCCCCUACAAAUACUAUGUUGACUGCCCUCGAGGAACUGUACGCGUUGUCCGCCCUUGACGACGAAGGCCUUUUGACUCGCCUAGGCCGCAAGAUGGCAGAUUUCCCCAUGGAGCCCGCCCUUGCCAAGGUCCUCAUUGCCUCUGUCGAUAUGAGUUGCUCCGAAGAGAUGCUAAGUAUCGUCGCCAUGCUGUCGAUCGCGUCCGUAUUUUACCGGCCCAAGGAGAAGCAGCAACAGGCUGAUCAGAAGAAAUCCAAGUUUCACGAUCCCCACGGCGACCAUCUCACAUUACUGAAUGUUUAUAAUGCCUGGAAACACUCGAAAUUUAGCAAUGCCUGGUGUUUUGAGAACUUUAUCCAGGCUCGGCAGAUUCGCCGUGCCCAAGAUGUUCGCCAGCAGCUUCUCGGUAUCAUGGAACGCUAUCGCCACAAAAUCAUCUCGUGCGGUAGGAAUACGGAUCAGGUGCGAAAGGCCCUGUGCACUGGAUUCUUCCGGAAUGCUUCCCGCAAGGAUCCCCAGGAAGGAUACAAGACGUUGGUUGAAGGCACACCAGUGUAUAUGCACCCUAGCUCCGCGCUCUUCGGCAAGCCUGCUGAGCACGUUAUCUACCACGAGCUGGUUCUCACAAGCAAGGAGUACAUGCAUCAUAUCACAACAAUCGAGCCCAAAUGGCUUGUUGAGGCGGCUCCAACAUUCUUCAAAGUCGCACCGACCGAUAGGCUGUCGAAGCGCAAGAAGGCCGAGCGCAUUCAACCUUUGCACAACCGGUUUGCUGGAGAGGACGAUUGGCGUCUCUCUGCUCAACGCCGGCAGGGCAGAGGCGGUGGCGGUGGAACCUGGGGUUAA